AAAAAAACCCCAAUGAAAUGGGUCGACGUGGCAAUAAUAGACGUUUCCGGCCCCCACACAAAAACAGGACCCGUUCGCGCUCCCGUUCCAGGGCCCGUACACGUACACGCUCCCGCUCCCGUUCCUGUUCGCCGCAUCGUUUCAUCAGCUCGUCCUCGAGGUCCCACUGCUACUCAUUUAACAAACGACCGCAGCUGGGAGUGAGACGUCGCUGCGGACGCACCUUGUGGGAUGUGGCACCCCCUGGCUAUGAUCAUCUGACGCCGUUGCAGUACAAGGCUAUGCAGGCGAGCGGCCAGAUAUCUUCUCGCAUUGUUCCCGACGCUCCACCGACAGCGGAUACGGCAGCCAUUGCCACCGUGACCCGACAGGCCCGUCGCCUUUACGUGGGCAACAUACCCUUUGGGGUCACCGAGCAGGAGAUGAUAGCGUUCUUUAACCAACAGAUCUUAGCGCUGGGUUUGGGCCACGAGGGCAAUGGCGGCUCUGUGCUGACAUGCCAGACAAAUCUGGAAAAGAACUUUGCGUUUCUCGAGUUCCGGUCCAUGGAGGAGGCCACGCUUGCCAUGAGCUUCGACGGCAUUCAGUUUCGUGGUCAAAUCCUGAAGAUACGUCGUCCGCACGAUUACCACCCAGUGGCUAGUGUGUCAAAUGUGGCCACCACCACCGUUCCCACGCCGGUGGAUCCAAACGGCAUAUCCACAGUAGUGCCGGAUUCGCCGCACAAGAUCUACGUCGGUGGCCUGCCCACCUGCCUGAACGAGCAGCAAAUCAAGGAGCUGCUGCUGUCGUUUGGGCAACUUCGGGGCUUCAACUUGGUCAAGGACAGCAUCACGGGCAUGAGCAAAGGUUUUGGAUUCUUCGAGUAUGUGGACCCAAAUAUCACGGAGCAGGCCAUAGUCGGUCUGAACGGCAUGCAGUUGGGGGAUCGCAAGCUGGUCGUGCAACGCUCCAUUGCGGGAGGACGCAACGGCCAGACGGGCCAGGUGCCUGUGCUGCAGGUGCCUGGCUUCCCAGCUGUCAUCACAUCAGGUACUCCCACGGAAGUGCUCUGCUUACUGAACAUGGUGCUGCCCGAGGAGCUGCUGGACGAUGAGGAAUACGAGGACAUACGCACCGACAUCAAGCAGGAGUGCACCAAGUACGGAAAAGUGCGCAGCUUGAAGAUACCCAGGCCGAACGGCAAUGCAGACGCUGAUCGUGGAUGUGGCAAAGUGUUUGUGCAGUUCGAGACCGUCGAGGACUGCCAGAAGUCGCUGACGGCAUUGAGCGGACGCAAGUUCAGCGGCCGCAUUGUGGUCACAUCCUUCUACUCUCUCCAGAAAUAUCAACGCGAUGAGUUUCACUAAUAAAAUACAAGGUCCCCCA